AUGUUUUUAGUAUUAUCUCUUAUAACAUGCUCUGUUUAUAUUAUUUAUUUGAUUUUCAAAAAGUCCAAAAAUCUUCCACCUGGACCACCAAUUUAUGCAUUACCUCUUUUCGGUCAUUUAUUACACCUUGGUAAACAUCCACAAGAAACAUUAAUGAAAUGGUGUCAACAAUCUAAAAGUGAUAUAAUGCAUUGUUAUUUUGGACAACAACUAGUAAUUGUAUUAAAUAAUUAUUCACUUAUUAAAGAAGCAUUUAUGGAUGAUAAUUAUUCAGCACGAGCACAACCAUUUAUUUUUGAAGAACAUUUCCACGGUAAAGGUUUAACGUAUGCUGAUGAAGAUUGUUCGAAAACGGCAUCGUCUUGCUUUUCUUUUUUACCUAUUUAG